GAAGCUGCUGGAGCCACGUUUCGGUCCCCUGGACUGUAGAUAAAGGCCCUUUCUUGCCAGGUGCUGAGACAACCACACCAUGAGAGGCACUCCAGGAAACCCUGCUGGUGGAGGAAGGGUCGUCCAUCAGUCAAUCACUGUCGCUGUUAUCACAUGCAAGUAUCCAGAGGCUCUUGACCAAAGCAGAGGGGAUCCCAUUUAUUUGGGAAUCCGGAAUCCAGAAAUGUGUUUGUGUUGUGAGGAGGUUGGAGGACAGCCCACAUUGCAGCUAAAAGAGCAGAAGAUCAUGGAUUUGUAUGGCCAGCCUGAGCCUGUGAAACCCUUCCUUUUCUACCGUGUCAAGACCGGUAGGACCUCCACCCUUGAGUCUGUGGCCUUCCCAAACUGGUUCAUUGCCUCUUCCACGAGAGACCAGCCCAUCAUCCUGACUUCAGAACUUGGGAAGUCAUACAACACUGCCUUUGAAUUAAAUAUAAAAUAACUGAACUCAGCCUAGAGGUGGCAAGCUCGUCUUUGUCUUCAAGUUUCCGGUUCCCAGUGUGUUUUCGUCUACAUUUUCUUAGUGUCAUUUUCACACUGGUGCUGAGAUGGGAGCAAGGCUGCUGUUAUCAUCUCAUUUUAAAAUGAAGAAGAAUCAAUUACUUCAUAGCAACUGAAGAAUAGGAUGUGGGCUCAGAAGCAGGAGAGCUGCGUGGUGUAAGGCUCUCCUCUCAAGCUGAUGCUGUGUAGGCCACAAGACAACUGCAUGAGUGACUUUGAGACUCAAAGACCAAACGCUGAGCUUUCUCCUAGGGGUGGGUAGGAAGAUGCUUCAGAACUCCUGUGUCUUACCCACGAUGGCAUGACUAGCAUGGAGCUGAUCUCUGUUUCUGUUUUGCUUUAUUUCCUUUUGGGAUGAUAUCAUCCAUAAUCUUUAUAUGUUGCCAGUAUACCUCAUUGUGUGUCAUAGAACCUUUUUAGCAUUAAGACCUUGUAAACAAAAAUAAUUCUUGUGUUAAAUCAUUUUUGUCCUAAUUGUAAUGUGUGAUCUCAAAGUUAAAUAAAUUUUGUAUAUUUACAUAAUAAUAAAGCUAAAACUGAUAUAAAAUAAA